GUUCAGUUUCACUCUCAAAAUGUCAGCGGGCGGAGCGGAUCAGGAGAGGAGAGGAGGGCGGGUCCACUGGAGAGGAGUACCGGGAAUGACAGUGGAUGUGUGCUCCGUGAGCGGGGGCGGCGACACAGACACACCUGGGGGAACUACAGGAACACGCAACAGUGCUGCUACUACUACCGCUACUACCGCUGCUGCGUUUUAGUUUAUUCAUGGGAACUUUGUCCCUACAGAAGAACCAAUUCACGCACUGAGCUGCGGAAUAAUUAAGCCAGAGACAUGUACACCACGGAGCGCAGGCGAAUGAGCCUGCACGACCUGAGGCGCAAAGACCCCGUCCGGGUGUCAGCUGGGAGUUUGUGGCAGGACUCUUCGGCUAUGGAGCUGGGCGCCGGCGGCUCCGGUAAGACGGUCGUCUCUCCGCGGAGUCGCACCAGAGCUGUAUCCGUGGCAUACAUUGCGAACGAGGACGCGUCGGUGCCGCAGACGGAGGAGAACUUGACUCUGAAAUGCCUGAAGGAAGCCUGCGCGGACGCACACGCUGUCUUGAAAACCAUUUCAUUUGAGAGGAUAUCCAUGGGGACCACAGACAUCCUGGAUAGCUUCUACAAUGCAGAUGUAGCAGUGGUUGAGAUGAGUGACUCUUUCUGCCAGCCUUCCCUUUACUAUCACUUGGGAGUGAGAGAAAGCUUCAGCAUGACCAAUAACAUAAUCCUAUACUGUUACAAGCAGGAUAGUGAUCUACAGGCUCUCAAGGAGCAGUGUGGCAGUUACACAUUCAUCCCUUACGUAGUUACACCUCAGGGCAAAGUGUUUGCCUGCGACGCUACAAUCAUGAUGAAUGGUAUCAAAGAGUUGAUGCAGCCCAGUUUCCAGCUGGAGCCCCUGCUAACCCCGCUGGUGGAGAGACUGGUGCAUCUGCUGAACAAUGUACAAGUUCAGUCCAGCGAGUACUUCCGGGAGUCAAUCCGGCAUGAGAUUCGUAUGGCACGUGAGCGGUUCAGCGGCAAAGCCCUGAGUGAGGAGUUGAGCCGCAUCCAGAAACGCCUGGACAGUGUAGAGCUGCUCACCCCUGAUAUAGUCAUGAACCUGCUGUUGUCCUACAGGGACAUUCAGGACUACGAUGCCAUAAUCAAACUGGUGGAGACGCUCAACGAGCUGCCCAUGUGUCUAGUAGCAAAGCAUCAGAACAUCAAAUUUAACUACAUAUUUGCUCUAAACAGGAGGAAUAAACCCGGGGAUCGCCCUAAGGCUUUGCAGGCCAUUCUGCCUAUUGUGGAGUCGGGGGUCAAGGUGCCGUCAGACGUCUACUGCCUGUGUGGACGGAUCUACAAAGACAUGUUCAUGAGCUCUGGGUUCACUGACCAGCCCAGCAGAGACCUGGCCUGCUACUGGUAUGGAAAAGCUUUUGAGACGGAGCCAACUCUUCACUCGGGCAUCAACAACGUGGUCCUCCUGAUGGUUGCUGGACAUGAAUUUGACACUUCUAUUGAGCUGCGCAAAAUAGGUGUGACUCUAAGCACCCUGCUUGGUAGAAAGGGCACUUUGGAGAAGAUGAAGGACUACUGGGAUGUCGGCUUCUACCUCGGAGCGAACAUCCUCGUUAACGAACAUCGGAAAGUCAUCUUGGCCUCUGACAAACUCUACAGGCUCAACGCCCCUGUCUGGUAUGUGGCAUCCAUCAUGGAGACGUACAUCCUGUACCGGCAAUUUGCAAAGCUACCUGAUGUUAAAUCUCCUAAACAGGACACCAUGGACUUCUGGAUGGAGCUCCUUUUGCAGGCCUGUAAACCCACUGACUCCACAGGCCGCUGCCCAGUGCUCAUUCUGGAGCCCAGUAAAGUCCUCCAACCAGCUAUAGUGUGUGUGAGCGAGGAGGACGAAAGUCGCACUGUCCAGUUGAAACACGUCACACCCUUAUUAAAGAAAGGCUUACACCAGUGGACUUUCCCAGCCUCUGCAAUUCGGGGAGUAAGUGCUUCAAAGAUUGAUGAGCGGAGCUGCUUCCUGUAUGUCCACUACAACUCGGAUGACUUCCAGCUCUGUUUCCCUUCUGAGCUUCACUGUAAAGGUUUCUGCGAGCUGGUAAACUCUCUGCUACAGCUGGCUGAACAGCCCGCCCAGGACCUGAACCAUCUAGCUGAGGGAAUACCAGAGUUCAUCUACGAAACCAAUGAUAAUGGCGACAAGGUAGUUCUGGGUAAAGGGACGUACGGUGUGGUGUAUGCUGGGAGGGACCUGAGCAACCAAGUACGCAUCGCCAUCAAGGAAAUCCCAGAGAAGGACAGGACGUACUCCCAGCCCCUUCACGAAGAGAUAGCUCUGCACAAGAGGCUAAAACACAGAAAUAUUGUCCAGUACCUGGGCUCCGUCAGUCAAGAUGGCUUCAUCAAGAUCUUCAUGGAGGAAGUACCUGGAGGUAGUUUGUCAUCUCUCCUGCGCUCCAAAUGGGGUCCCCUGAAAGACAACGAGGCCACCAUCAUCUUCUACACCAAACAGAUCCUGGAGGGACUGAAAUACCUUCAUGACAAUCAGAUAGUCCACAGAGACAUUAAGGGUGACAAUGUAUUGAUCAACACAUAUAGUGGAGUGUUGAAGAUCUCUGACUUUGGAACCUCUAAACGAUUAGCAGGGAUCAACCCCUGUACUGAGACAUUUGCUGGAACACUCCAGUACAUGGCCCCAGAGAUCAUAGACCAAGGGCCUCGGGGUUAUGGGAAGCCGGCUGAUAUCUGGUCCCUAGGGUGCACUAUCAUAGAAAUGGCGACAGGCAAACCACCCUUCCAUGAGCUGGGAAGUCCUCAGGCGGCCAUGUUCAAGGUGGGCAUGUUUAAGAUCCACCCCAAAGUUCCAGAGUGCAUGUCGGACCAGGCAAAGGCCUUCAUCAUGAACUGUUUCGUGCCGGACCCUGACGACAGAUCCACAGCCACAAAGCUGCUGAGUGACACCUUCCUCAGGUCGUCUCCCAGGAAGAAGCCCAAAGCUCCGCAGGAAUCAGAACCUAAUGACUACCUCUCUUCUACUGACUACCAACGCAGCCUGUCUGUACCGGUCUCCAUCCUGGUGGAGGACACUGAUUCGUACUCGGGUUCAAUCGACCUGUCCUGUUCCCUGGACCUCAGGUGGCACCAGUCCGCCCUCAAAGCAGAUGAAAAGUCUGAGAGCCCACCCAGCACGAGCAGCUAUCUUUCAAUACCAGAGGACUCCCCAUCAUGCAUGAGCAGUCCAGCCUCAACAGAGGAGAAUAUGGGUCUUUUUAUGCUGAGAAAGGACAGCGAAAGGAGAGCCACACUGCACCGAAUCCUCACAGACUACAUCAGCCUUGUCGUCUCUAAUAUACUGGAAUCUGUGCCUCAGCAUGACAGAGGACCAACGCUAACUGCAGACAACAUCACAGAGCUCAUUAGCUGCCUGGGCGACAACAUCCGCUCCCCUGACAGGAAGAAGCUGACCAGCAGCUUGCUGGCACUACGGACCACGCUGGUCGCUGCCAGAGUAUCACUGAACAGCCUGCAGGCGGUGCUGUUCAGCUUCCAAGAUGCAGUAAAGAAGGUGUUGAGGCAACAGCAAGUGAAACCUCACUGGAUGUUUGCUCUGGACAAUCUGUUGAGACAGGCAGUGCAGGAUGCUAUCACUGUGCUCCUACCAGAGCUGAAACUCCAGCUGCAGUCCUCAUUUGAGACGGAGGACAGCACUACUGAGGAGCAGUCUGCUGAUCCAGACACUCCUGUAGUUAUUGACCCUGACCAGAUGUUUUCGCUAGAAGAUAUGCGGCAGACAUCAUCCAUAUGUGAGAUUCUGCCCACGGCUAGCCCCAACUCCCCUACAGACCUGGUCAUCAACAGCAGCUGCCCCCUCGGUGAGAAACUGAGGGACCUGCGAACACAGACCAGCAGACUGCUGAGUCAGCUGAAUGAGAAGGAGAGAGAGUAUCAGGAGCUACUGAGGAGCUCUGUCCAGAGGAAGCAGGAACAGAUAGAUGCACUGAGAAAAGCUGAAGUCACUGAGGAUGGUGGAUUGGCCACACAGAAAGGUUUGAAUCCAGAAGUGAAGGCUUUGGUGCGCUGGCUCAAGUCUGUCCCAGUAGACGAAGACACGAUAAAUAAGCUGCUCUCUCAUGAGUUCACCUUGGACUGUCUCUUCUACAUGGCCUCCAGGGAAGACUUGAUGUACUGUGAAAUAAGAGGUGGCAUGCUGUGUAGAGUCUGGGCAGCAAUCACGGCUCGCAGGAAAACCCAGCUCAGCACACACAGCGAGGACAGCGAGGACACUCUUCUUUAAUGGAUGCUGAUGUUGUACAUCAAAGGACAGAAUUAUUGACAGGCUGGCCCUGUGUCAACUGGAGGAAGUGGGGAACAGGGCUGUGUCUGCAGGAAACUGAUGUAAAGCACGAUAGAUUUUGGUUGCCUUGUUGGACAGUGAAUGUAUUUUUCUUAAAAGAAACUGACAAUUUCUUCCGGUUUUAGGUAGAAUGCAAAAAUCUUAACUUAAAAGUCAGAUCUAGCAAACCCAGAUAUUGCAGGCCUUUUUUUACAUUUCUCAGGGCUUUGGCAAGUGGGAUAACAGUUAUGGCUUCAUAAAAACUGCCUAUAGAGUAUUGAUUUGUCUUUAAACAGACACGAUAUAUACAUGUACGCUAGAUUUAAACGCAUAAUGUAGCCUUCUGAUGACGCUGUUUUACAGUUUUUUCCAGAAAACUAAGCAGGAGGACCUAAGUUAUUUUUAUAAUUAUUAUUAUUCUGGGUGGGAAACACGGAUCAUUUGUACUGUGUAUGCUGUUAAAACUCAUUUAGUUAAUAAACAAGCACCUUAAAUCUC